AAGCAGCAACUAUGGCGCUCUACAUUGCCAGAAUGUGCCUGGUGUUUGUGGUGCUGCUGCUGCUUUGUGUUACUGAGGCCGUGGAUCGCAGCAACUUCAAAACAUGUGAACAGAGCUCCUUCUGCAAGCGUCAGAGGGAGCUGAAGCCGGGUCAGUCUCCCUACAGGGUUUUGCUAGAUACAUUAGAGCUCAGUGACUCCAGGAUGACCCUGCAGCUCAUUAAUGAUAAUAACAAGGUGCGUCUGCUGCUGGAGUUAUACAGGCUACAGGGCAACAUGACACGGGUUAAGAUUAAUGAGCUGAAACCCCUUAAACCUCGUUAUGAGGUUCGUGACGUCCUUAUUGCAGAUCCACCCACUGAACCCUUGUUGGUGGUAACUCAGGAUAAGAAUGGCCUGGUGCUCUCUCUGGGACAAGAUGAGCAGAGGCUUAUCGUCAGUGCCCGACCCUUCCGGCUCGACAUCUUGAAAGGCCCUCGGGUGCUGUUGUCUCUGAAUUCCCGUGGCCUGCUGGCCUUUGAGCAUCUACGUCCAUGCAAGGACACCAUCUCUCAUAAAAUAACUAGCACAUUCGGUGGCAUGUGGGAGUCCAUCAAGAGCCUUUUCUCCAGUAAACAUGAUGAUAACACAGAGGAGGUGGAAGAAACGGAGACCUCUAAAAAGGCAAGUGAUAAGGAAGACCAAACGGCAAAUGAAGAGGAAGACAAGCCUGGCAUGUGGGAUGAAACAUUUAAAAGUCACAGUGACUCAAAGCCCAAUGGACCAUCAUCCAUUAGUUUAGACUUCUCGUUUCCAGAUGUUGAGCAUGUGUAUGGCAUUCCAGAACAUGCAGACACCCUUCGACUCAAAAACACACAUGGUGGCGACCCGUAUCGACUGUAUAAUCUGGACGUCUUCCAGUACGAGUUGAACAACCCCAUGGCUCUGUACGGCUCCGUCCCAGUUCUUAUAUCACACAACGCCCAGCGGACCAUGGGUAUCUUCUGGCUCAAUGCAGCCGAGACCUGGGUGGAUGUUGGCUCCAGAACAGCGGGAGAGGGUUCGACCCCACAGACAGAUGUACGCUGGAUCUCUGAGACUGGCAUCAUCGAUGUCUUCAUCAUGCUUGGACCCAAACCUACUGAUGUAUUUACACAGUACGCAUCACUGACAGGCACCCAGGCCUUCCCUCCUCUCUCCACUCUCGGUUAUCACCAGUGCCGCUGGAACUACAACGAUCAGGAAGACGUUAAAACCGUAGAUCAGGGAUUCGACGAGCAUGACAUUCCCUACGACUUCAUCUGGCUGGACAUCGAGCACGCCGACGGCAAACGUUACUUUACCUGGGAUCCUCAGAAGUUCCCCCAGCCUAGAGAGAUGCUGCAGGGUCUCAUGGACAAGAGACGCAAGAUGGUUACCAUUGUCGACCCUCACAUUAAAGUGGACGCUGACUACAAGAUCCACAGUGAGAUUCGCUCCAAAGACCUUUAUGUCAAGAACAAAGAUGGAGCAGACUACGAAGGCUGGUGUUGGCCAGGGAGUUCUGGUUAUCCUGACUUUACCAACCCUGAGAUGAGAACCUGGUGGGCAAGCAGAUUUGCCUUCGACAAGUAUGAGGGCUCUAUGGAGAACCUGUAUACAUGGAAUGAUAUGAAUGAGCCUUCGGUGUUCAACGGACCUGAGGUCACGAUGCACAAAGAUGCUCAGCAUGGCAGCUGGGAGCACAGAGAUGUGCACAACCUGUAUGGCUUAUACGUGCAAAUGGCAACUGCUGAAGGUCUGAUUCAGCGCUCGGGUGGCACCGAAAGACCGUUCGUUCUUACCAGAGCUUUUUUUGCAGGCUCUCAGCGUUAUGGGGCCGUAUGGACGGGAGAUAAUGCUGCAGAAUGGGGCCACCUAAAGAUGUCGAUCCCCAUGUGUUUGAGCCUGGGACUUGUCGGCAUCUCCUUCUGCGGAGCUGACGUUGGCGGUUUCUUUAAGCACCCCAGCACCGAGUUGCUGGUGCGUUGGUACCAGGCCGGUGCGUACCAGUCUUUUUUCCGGGGACACGCCCACUUGGACACCCCACGGCGCGAGCCAUGGCUCUUCGGCCCAGAAAACACGGCUCUGAUCAGAGAGGCAAUACGCCAGCGAUACACCCUUCUGCCCUACUGGUAUCAGCUCUUGUACAGUGCUCACCGCACCGGCCAGCCUGUUAUGAGGCCUUUGUGGGUGGAGUAUCCUGAAGAUCCAGUCACGUUUGGAAUUGAGAAUGAAUACUUGAUUGGUAAAGAUCUUCUGGUCCAUCCUGUGACCGAUGAGGGCGCAAAGAGUGUCACGGCUUACCUGCCUGGAAAAGAUGAGGUUUGGUUUGAUGUUCAUACGUUCCAGAAACACGAGGGGGGUCAGAAUCUAUACAUUCCAGUUUCCAUGAGUUCAAUCCCAGUGUUCCAGCGAGGCGGCUCCAUCAUCACUAGGAAGGACCGUAUGAGGAGAUCGUCCUCCUGCAUGGAGAACGAUCCCUACACACUCUACGUGGCCCUAAGCCCUCAGGGUACUGCUGAAGGAGAGCUCUACAUCGAUGACUUCCACACCUUUAACUUUGAAAAGCAGAAGCAGUUCAUUCAUAUGCUACUGCAGUUCUCUGAUAACACACUGUCUUCCAGAAAUUUGGCUCUUGGCUCAAACUUCACCACGGAAGCCUGGAUAGAGAAAGUGAUUAUCAUGGGAGCCGUUCAGCCCAGCUCAGUCUUUUUGAAGACCACAGAUGGAGUCCGGGUUGCUGUGGAGUUUGACUUUGAUUCCGAUACAUCAGUAUUAACUUUACGGAAACCCGGGAUGAACGCAGGAGCCGAGUGGACGGUGUUUCUGCAGUACCAUCAGGAUACACCCAAGCACAAUUCACCAGAACAUCAAACACUGUAAUACACACACGAUCGUUUACCAGAAGUUACACUACAAAAGAAAAGGAACGGUCAGUGAAUUCUUUGAUGGAUUAGAACUUUUUAUGAUUAACCACUCUUUGACUGGCCUUUGUGCUUUUCAGCAUUUCAACUGGAUUCAAUUUUAUUGCUUUUUGUAAAAUCAAUCAAGUUCAAUAUUCCAAGGUACAAAAAUGACAAAUAAAAAAAAAAACAUUGCUAGCAUUGUUAAAUGUAAAUAAUUAAUGUAGGAUAACUGUAGGUUGAAGGAUUUAGAUGACAGAAAGAAUGAAUCUGUGUUAAAACUGAGCCAUACAAUCAUCCAUAAUGUUCAACAUGUUUAGUAGCAGCACUUGAAACUUGAAUUAAUUUGAAUGAAAUACAAAUCAUAUUUUUUAGUAGGAAAUGUUUAUUAAACGUUCUGUUUUUUUCUGUUUGUCUUUACCGACUGAUUGUUUUCACCAUUUUAUCUAAGUGUGCAUAGAUGAACAACUGCAGGUUAUAAACACACUUUCCACCAUCGCAAGGCUCGACUGUCGAGUUCAACAGAGACAAUUAGCCAUCCAAAGUUAUGACUUUGUGAAGUCUGGGUCACUGAAGUCACUAAGCUCUCCAUUCAUGGUUGUAGGAUUUAUGCACUUGUAAGCAAUAAAAUAACUGAGUUUAGUA